ACAAUUACCACCAGUAUUACCAUCCAUCAAAUCCGAAGCCUCUCCAACUCCGCCUCCCCCCGCUCUACCCACUCCCCUCUCCUCACUACCACCCUCAAAACCAAGCCUCAGAUUCGCCCCAGGGACCCUAGUCCUCCGGCGCCGCCCGUCAUCAGACUUCUUCGAUGCCCAGGACAGACAGCACCCCACUGAUGGCCCGUUUAUGCUGCUUCGCACCCACCCGUUCAGUCCUACCACCUGGCAACUGGACAUCCCGACCGGGUCCAAGAUGCCGCUUUGGCACCCCGAGGUAUCACUGGUCAGGUGGGAUGAGGAGGUCAAGGAGAUUAGAUGCUCUAGGGAGAUGAGUGGCGGUGAUGGUGGGAGGGAGGUAAGGGUUCACAUCAAAGGGUGGGGGUGUGAAGAUGAUGUUUGGGUCAGGGAGGAUGACGCUUGGCUUGGAGAGGGAGACGCGGGGUAUCUUAGCUCUUUGUGACAUCAGGGUGGCGGUAUUCGAGUGAGCUUUUGUUAACGUGUUUUGCCGGUCUCUUCCAGCCUAUCAUCCCAAUCGUUAAAUAUCAUACCUCUACAAAUGUAAUUUAAUCCACAACUUUA